AUGGAUUUAUCCAAACCCGAGCCCUCUGAUCAACCAUCUUGGUCCCUACAAGGUUGCCCUAAGGGUUGGAAAACAAUCCGUGGUACUUUUGUAGCUGUCAAUGCAUUUCUCAUAAGCUGUCGUUGUUCUCGAGCUGCAAGUGGUCCGUCUCCUUGGGCUCAUCUGGGCGACGGCUGUAUCGAUCUCAUUCUAAUACGCGAAUGCUCUCGGGCAAAGUUCCUUCAGUUCCUUGUUCGGACCGCGAAUGUGUCCGUGGAUAUGAACAACAGUAGUCAGAGUCCGUUCGAAUUACCCUUCGUUACCGUGGAACGUGUUUCCGCUUUCAAGUUUCGGAACUCUCCAGCUUCAGAUACGGAAAUGCCUGUCUUCGAUGAUUCCAGAGCUCCUUGUGACGAAGACUCGAGGGAAGCAAUUUCUCCAUGGUCUCAAACGGUUGAUGAGAAACCGAAAAAUAAAUCCUCCUCUGGGUCGGGCCAGUCGAAACGAUCCAUUUGGUGCGCAGAUGGGGAACUGUUGCAUCAUGAAAAUAUCUCGGUGCACGUUCAUCGACAACUUCUUCACAUUUUCGCGCGCGGCCUCGAACCCCGUCGCCCAAAUCGCGACUGUCCGGAUCAGGGAUCUGUUCAAAAGCACUGCAAUGAACUGUUCGACGCUGUCGUGGCUAGUGCACCAUCACCGUCAAAAUCGGUCUACUGUAUACCAAUGCCGGACUUAGUCCGUACACGUUCCUCAAAUGUGAUUAUGAUCUCCGCAGCACCAUGA